GGAGGAGAAGCCGUCCAGGUGUCUUCUCUGCCCGGCUCGUGGCCUCCUGAGGUGGUGAUGGUCGGAGGAGGAUGUGGCGGCGGUGACUGAUGCCCUGACUUCUUCUAGCUUCUUGGACCUUCCACAAUGUUUUCCAAGCUCGUCCAGAGGCGCACCGUGGGUGCAGUGUACAACAACCUAAGGGCCUCCUUGAGCUCCGCAGGACCGGCCGCUACAGAGAGCAGCGUGGAGGAAGCGCUAACCUCAGAGUAUGUGUAUGAGAGAGAAUCCAAAUAUGGAGCACACAACUACCACCCUCUCCCCGUGGCCCUUGAAAGGGGAAAAGGCGUGUAUGUGUGGGAUGUGGAAGGCCGAAGAUACUUUGACUUCUUGAGUGCCUACAGUGCAGUGAACCAGGGACACUGUCACCCCAAGAUCCUCAGCGCUCUGAAGUCUCAGGCCGAGAAGCUGACGCUCACCUCCAGAGCUUUCUACAAUGACAUCCUGGGAGAAUACGAGGAGUACAUCACCAAGCUGUUCAACUACAACAAAGUGCUGCCCAUGAACACUGGUGUUGAAGGUGGGGAAACUGCUUGCAAGUUGGCUAGAAAAUGGGCUUACACCGUGAAAGGAGUCCCCAAAUACAAGGCUCAGAUUAUUUUUGCAGCUGGUAACUUCUGGGGACGGACAUUGUCUGCUAUAUCCAGCUCCACGGAUCCUUCCAGCUAUGAAGGUUUUGGACCAUUUAUGCCCGGAUUUAAAAUAAUUCCUUACAAUGACCUACCUGCUCUAGAGAGAGCGCUUCAGGACCCCAACGUGGCAGCAUUCAUGGUGGAACCAAUUCAGGGCGAGGCGGGUGUUAUUGUUCCCGAUGAAGGCUACCUGACAGGCGUGAGGCAGCUGUGCUCGGCACACAAUGUUCUGUUCAUUGCUGAUGAAGUGCAGACUGGUUUGGCCAGAACUGGGAAGAUGCUUGCCGUGGACCAUGAGAACGUCCGCCCAGAUAUCGUAGUGCUGGGAAAAGCCCUUUCAGGAGGAGUUUAUCCUGUCUCUGCUGUACUUUGCGACGAUGAAGUGAUGCUCACGAUUAAGCCUGGAGAACAUGGCUCAACAUAUGGAGGCAAUCCUCUGGCAUGCCGGGUAGCCAUGGCGUCUCUAGAGGUCAUUGAAGAGGAGAAAUUGGCAGAGAAUGCCAGGAGGAUGGGUGAGCUGUUGAGAGCAGAGCUCAUGAAGGCCCCCUCGGACAUAGUCGCUAAUGUGAGAGGAAAGGGAUUGCUGAAUGCCAUAGUUAUAAAGCAAACCAAAGACUGUGACGCCUGGAAGGUGUGCCUCAGACUGCGUGAUAACGGACUUCUGGCCAAGCCCACUCAUGGAGACAUCAUCAGACUGGCACCACCGCUAACCAUCAAGGAAGAUGAGAUCCGGGAAUGCAUUGAGAUCAUCCACAAGACCCUCCUCUCAUUCUGAGCCAUCUUUGUGAAGUCGUAUAUUGCUUUAUACUGCUUUUCAUGUGGUAACUCAACUGGAUACUCUAAGCAUUUAGAGUGUUACUGAAGUUGGUCCAAUGGACAGUUUGACGUCUACUACGCUGGUAGUGAUCCUAUAUAGUCAUUGGUAAAGGCUGGAGGGUCUCUGUUAUGGGUAACGGACCAGUUUGCCAGAGUGAGCUCAUACAGCCCUCUGUACAUCUCCCUGUGCUUGUAUUUAGUGUUUCUGUAUGUAUUGUAGUAUUUAUAGUAAUAAAAGUAGUUAUUUAAAUUUUCUAGAUGUUGCUUCUUGUACCAUAUGAAUAAAAUAUAUAGCUUCU